GCACGCACUCAUACCAAAAACGAACCCCCAUUUCUUCUCAAUCUCAAAUCGCAAACCCUAGAAUCCUUUCAACAAACGAAGAACGAUCGGAGCAAAUACGCGAUGGGGAAGCAACCGGUGAAGCUGAAGGCAGUUGUGUAUGCUUUAUCGCCAUUUCAGCAGAAAGUAAUGCCAGGUCUAUGGAAGGAUCUUCCUGGUAAGAUCCAUCACAAAGUUUCCGAAAAUUGGAUCAGCGCCACUCUCUUUCUCGCUCCCCUCGUCGGAACCUACUCAUAUGUGCAGUACUACCAGGAAAAGGAGAAGUUAGAACACAGAUACUAAAGCUGUUUUCUUCAUAUGUCUGGAGAAAACCUCUAGCUCCUUUUGCCAUUUUCAACAGGAAAUAAGUUACUAUUGUUUGUCAUUUUUUGGAACUUCUCAUUCUGGAGAUACUCACUUUUUAUGGCCUAUAAAAUGCAGUUAACUUCUGUAUGGUCUUUUGAAAGUUCUGUGCAUUCCAAUCUACUCCAGGAAUGGAGUCAGGAAAAAUAAUUUGUAAUACCUUUCAUUGACAUGCUAUUAGAUCCCAUGGACAAGGAACUGUGUUCAUUCAAUUGUGCUGUUUUAGGCUUUGAUUAUGUGUAAGGGAAUGGUCAUAACUCAUAAGUUGUUUUGCCAUGUGGGAUGACAUGAAAAGGGUGCUGCAUUUUUUU